UGAGACACGCAUUACGCACAGGACGUGGACGAACACCGGCGCGUACGCACAGAGAGAGAAAGAGAAAGAGAGAGAGAGAGAGCUGUGAGCGUUUUCUUUUUUGGAGCAGUGUUGGAGGGCUGUGAAAUACACUGCGGCGUCCGGACUUGUAAGAAAAAAAAGAAUAAAAACAGAGACUUGAAAUCUAGAAAACAGAAUGGUGCAGCAUACAGAUAACAGCGAAACGGACGGGAGCAUGUCCAGGGAGGCUACGGAUUCAGAGGAGAGCGAAUUUAUGGCGUGCAGUCCCGUUGCCAUAAACCCGGACUGGUGCAAGACAGCAACCGGUCAUAUCAAAAGACCCAUGAAUGCAUUUAUGGUGUGGUCCAAAAUCGAAAGGAGAAAGAUUAUGGAACAAUCACCGGACAUGCACAACGCGGAGAUCUCCAAACGCUUAGGGAAGCGGUGGAAGAUGCUGAAGGACAGUGAAAAGAUUCCGUUUAUCCGAGAAGCGGAAAGGCUGCGGUUAAAACACAUGGCAGAUUAUCCCGACUACAAGUACAGACCCAAGAAAAAACCAAAGCUCGACAGUUCAAAAUCAUCAGCACCGUCUCCGGAGAAAUGCGCAAAAAUGGCAAAGACACCCAGUAAGAAGUGCACAAAGAUUAAAACUAAGAGCGUCUCCAAAAACACGCACGGUGUAUUUCCAGAGGACUGUGUGUUUCCAAGCUUAAAAGUUCCAAAAACUGUUAAAAGUGAGCUCACCGAUGAGGAUGAUGACGACGAGUACGAAGAGGACUACCGGAUGGGAAUUAAGUCAGGGGGGGAGGAGGAGCGCAUGAGACCGUAUAAUGUAGCCAAAGUUCCCGCAAGUCCAACUUUGAGCUCUUCGGCGGAAUCCGAAGGCACGAGCAUGUACGAAGAAGUGCGGAACAACAGACUGUUUUAUAAUAUCAAAAACAUUACAAAGCAGAGCACAUUGCACGCUGCUUCUGUCUCACCAGCAUCCUCUAGGUCGGUUUCUACAUCCUCCUCCUCAUCUUCAUCAUCAUCAUCCUCUUCUUCUUCUUCUUCUUCUUCCAGCAGCAGCUCCUCAUCUGGAGAGGACGCGGACGAUUUGCUGUUUGACUUUAGUUUGAAUUUCGCCUCCAGUGGCCCAGGAUCAGAACUGGGCAACCCCAAUUCAGGAAACCUCUCUCUGUCUCUAGUGGAUAAGGACCUGGACUCUUUCAGUGAGGGCAGCCUGGGCUCUCACUUUGAAUUCCCAGACUAUUGCACGCCAGAACUCAGUGAGAUGAUUGCCGGAGACUGGCUGGAGGCGAACUUUUCCGACCUGGUCUUCACAUAUUGAACUGAAAAAAAAAAAAAAAAAAAACUACAAAAAAAGUUUUUCUCUAGUAAUAACAGAGAAGGGAGAUGAAAUUAUAUAGAGUGUCCUGGUCAAGAAGAAGUUGUCCCCAGUCCUGCCUCCUGUUUUUUUUUUUUUUUUUUUUUUUUUUCUCUCCUGGAAGGGUCCUGGAGAAGAAGGGGGGAAGGUAAUAUAAAGGACCAGGAGGUGAGGUGAGAGGUUUGGUUUGAGGAAUGAGAUGCUUAUGAAGCUGGUAGCAAAAAAAAAAAAAAAAAAAAAAAAAGGAAAAAGAAAAAAAAAAAAAGCAAAAGUCUGCAGACGUUUUUUUUUUUUUUUUUUCUCUUUUUACUUUGUUUUUCUGGCAGCAUGACAGGGUUUUCUGGUUUUUUCCCCCCCUCUGUAGGUCUGCAUUUACUAUUCAGCUUAAAAACGGACCACAAAAAAGGGAAAAAUAACGUGAACUUCUAUGCAUCUUAUCCUCUUCUAAAAACAAAAACUGAAAACUGCAGGGAGCUGAAAAUAAAAAAAACAAAACAAAAAAAAAAAAAACAAAAAAAAAACGGACUGUGGACUGACUCUUAAAGCAAAUCUGUGAACUGACACAUGUUCAGGAUGUUACUUUACAACAGUUUAUGUAAUUUCUAAAUGCCGCAAAAUGUUUGUUUUUUGUUUUUUUUGUAACUGAUUCCGUUUUACCUCCUGGUUUGGAAAAAUUAAGCAGCCUAAACCUCUGCAGAAUACAGGCGUGGAGGAAAACAUUUUGAUACAUAACAGACCUCAUCUUUUUAAAAGAAAAGUAAGAUAUUUUCAGGCAUAUUUUUGUACAGUUAAAAGGGAAUGUUCUUACUGUGCUUUCAGUGAGUUUCAGGCACUUCUUCCCUUUAUCAUUUGUUUUUAGCAUGCAAGGGAGUCCUGGUUUUAAGGAUUAAGUUAAAUUAAAACUUGCAUCAAAAAUGCCUUGUGAUUUUAAACUAGGUUUUGUACAGUUGUAGAGCAGAUUUGUUGAGUAUUUGUAGACGAUACAAUGGCAUCAUGGGGAACACAUACCUCAGAGCUGGAACUAGUUUCAAGAUUGUAUAUGUACUGUAAUAUAGUAAAGUUAGGAGUUUAUGUAUAUCAUACUCGUGAUAUGUGGAUGGGUCCCAAUCGCAGGUGUGAAACUGGAUUUUGGUAUUUUUUAAUGGCACAUACUGUUUUUCCCCUUUCAUUUUUUUGUGCAAUAUAUACUCUUGAGAUACAGACCAUCAACAAUUGUAGCAAGUGAUGGAAAAACAGACUUGUGCACUGUCAACAUCAUUUCAUGUUAUGAUGCUGAAGCCUGUCCAGGCAGAAAAAUAAACAAAUCAGCUGGAACUGAUAAAAAAAAAAACAAAUUAAUAUGGCCUCAUGGUGUGAUGCAUAAUAUAGAAACUGAUGGUAAACGUCACAAUUUCAAUGUUUUCGACUCAUAUGAUUGGAUAAAUGAACAUAUCUGGCACCAAAAAUACUCCAAAUCUGAUUAAAAAUUAGGGAAAAUAAAGAGUUCUGCAAUAGGGCAUAGUCUGAUAACAGUGGUGGUCUGGCAUUAGUUUAACAAACAAGCAAAAAAGAACAUUCCAUAGUCCUGUUUCAUAAAAUGAAACUUUAUUUUAAAACUGAAGACUGCCUUCUUUUUUUAAAACAUUAACCAUAAACCUGUAUUUUUUAUUUCUUGCACUUAAAAAAAAAAAGCAGAUAUUGUUUAUUUUUAUGUGGGUCUUACAUAUGAAGUCUGUUUGAUAAAAGGUUUUGGAAUAUGACCUAAUUAUAUGCCAAGACAUUUUGUUGGAAGUUCUAGGCAGUAGUUACUUCACAUUCCAAGUGUGAAUCUGUCUUUGACUCAUCUUUUAAUAAAUAAGUACCUACCACCAUCGACUGUCCUUUCAGUUUGUGAAUAUCUGUACACAAAUGUGUUAUUUGUUGCGUUU